GUGGGCGUGUCUUUAUGUGUCACGUGGCCUGGCUGACCCGGAAGUUGAGUCUGCAUAGCGGCGGUGACUGAACCCGGCAGACGGUGUGAGGACCGGGGAAGUGUCGCCAUGUCUGUGGGGGAGCGGAGGAACGGCAAUCUGCUGGUCCAGCUGGGUCCGAAGCUGCAGGCCCAGCCCGAGGAGCUCCUGCGCCAGCGAUGGAGUGCGGACGGUCAUGUGGAGUAUCUGAUCCGCUGGGCGGUGCAGAACAUGGAGGAGACAGGAGCCGGCAGCGGUGGAACCACCUCACAAGCGGAGAACAAGUCCUCCAACAUCCUCAUGUGGAUGUCAGCUGAGGAAGUCUACAGCAACUGUCCCACCCUGCUGGGGAAGCGGAAGCCUGAGGGGCCCGGGGUCCCACAGGAGAAGACUUCCGGGGCCCCAGAUGAAGGCGCUCUGCAGGAAAUGACCGAGGACGUUCGGAUGCUGGUACAGAGAGCGGCCCGUCAGAUGUCGCCCAGCUGUGGUCCCGACUCGUCUAUCCUCAACACCAUCCACGUGCUGAGCGCUUACGCCAGUAUCGGCUCGCUGGCCGGCGUCUUCAAGGAGACGGGAGCGCUGGACCUGCUGAUGAAGAUGCUCUGCAACCCAGAGAAGCAGAUCCGCAAAAACGCCGGCAAGAUGCUGCGCGCGCUGGCGUCACAUGAUGCAGGAAGUCGCGCCCACGUCUUGUUGUCCCUCAGUCAGCAGGACGGCAUUGAGCAACACAUGGAUUUCGAGUCGCGCUUUACACUGCUGCAGCUCUUUGCCGAGACCACCAGCUCGGAGGAACAUUGCAUCUCUUUUGAUGGCAUCCACCUACCACAGAUUCCGGGGAAGCAGCUGUUCUCGCUGGUGAAGCGUUACCUGUGUGUGACAUCACUGCUGGACCAACUGAGCAGCGACCGGCCGGACCAGAACCAGGGCACCCGCCUCCAGCGCCAGUUUGACUUCUGCAUGGCCAUGGGCAGCCUCAUCUGUGAGCUGGUGCGGGUCAUGGGCUGGGUCAGUGAACGUCCUCAGAAGUCGGAGAUGAUUUUCCCAGACCUUGAGCACGGGGCGUUUCGCUCCAUCUUCCAGCCGCUAGCAUCGGCCGGCUCGAGCCUGCAGGUGGCCAUCAGUCCUCCGGUGCGGUCUACACCUGCAAAGAAGACGUCUGUGAAAGAGUUCAUGACUCCCUCCGACUUCAUCUCGCGGAGCGCCUAUGUGGACUAUAUUCAGGAAGCCUUGAAGCCGGGAAUGACGGUGCGAAUGCUGGAGGACUAUGACGAGAUCAGUGCCGGAGACGAGGGGGUGUUUCGGCAGAGCAACAAUGGAAUGCCCCCGGUUCAGGUUCUGUGGCAUUCCACAGGAAGAACCUACUGGGUCCACUGGCAUAUGGUUGAGAUCAUCAGCGCUGGAGAUCAGCCAGAAGAGGACACCAAGGAGAAGGCGCCAUUGGUGGGGGACAGUCUGAAGGUGCCUCCAGACGUCCCGGUCCUGUCCUGUAAAGCCUCCAGUGGGGGGAUGUACUCCCCGCCGUACCUGGGGGCGGCGCCGGCCUGUGAGGAGCGGGGACACCUGAGGCAGGAUGAGUGGUGGGAGAUCCUCUUCUUCAUACGGAGGCUGGAGCCGCAGGAGCAGCGGGAGCUGCAGGACCUGAUGCACAACAACCUGGAGGAUGAGCAGUGUAGUCUGGACGAGCAUGCCCUCCUGCUGCUGUCCGUGCCCAUGGACGUGGCCCACAAGAUCCUGCGCUUCCUGGGUGAGCGCUGUGCCGGCAGUGCCCUGAGCGACCUGCAGAGCUCUCACAUCUAUGCAAAGUACAUUCUCCAGCCCGGGAGGCAGAAGUCUGGCCCCAGCCGUGAAGCCCAGGAGCCCUCGGUGUUGGGGGGCCUCCUGACCAAGAAGCCAAAGAACGAGGAACCUGCGAGUGCAGAGAAGACGGAAGCCGAGCCCUCAGACCUGCGUCUUCUCACCAGCCUGCUCUGCCAGGAGGGAGUCCCCCCAGAGGACAGAUGUAAAGGUCUUGGAUCCCUCAGGGGCUCGUCUAAGGGCGUCUCUCUGGAGAUGUUGGUGGAGGUUAUGGAGAAGGUGAACAAGACCGUGUGUGGGGAGGAGAUGCUGUGCUCUGUGGUGCAGCUGAUGCUCCAGCAGCCUGGAGACGAGGUCCACACUGUGAAGAGUGAGGGGCGCUCUAACAGAGAGAAGAUCAUUAAGACGUUGGUGGAGAUUCUGAGCAGUCGGAUGAAGGAGAAGCUUGUGGUGGUGACGAGUCUGCAGCUCACCUACCUGCUCAUGUCCAAGUAUGACUGGCGGGUGCUGUUUGCCACGGAGGGAGGGGUGCGGGCGGUGCUGGGCUGUAUGCAGGAGCACCAGUCCUCGUCUGCCAUCCAGCACAUUGGUCUGGCGGUCCUGAAGGUGCUGACCGGGGUGGGAAGCUGUGACCUGCGAGGAAGCUCCCGCCGCUACAACCUGAAUCCGGGGGACGCUCAGGUGAUGAAGGAAAUCUUCUCCAGCAUCGGAUCGGCUGCCAGCGGGAGCUCCACCAGCCUCCUGAGGGCCAUCCCCGAGGCCAUCAGCAAGCUGCAGGGCACAGAGGGGUGCUUGACCUCCAUGUACAACGGGCUGCUGGUCAUCCGGAUGCUGACCGACAACCAUGAAGCUCUGUCUGAGCAGCUGUCCGGGGGCGAGCUGUCCGACAUCCUCCACAGCGUCACCGGAGACAGCAACUCCACCUUCAGCAGCCUGGAUGUCUCCAUGCAGAAACGGCUCCAGGACCUGAUAAAGAGCAGUCAGGAGAAGAGCGGCACCGAGGCCAAAGAGGUGGCCCCGGCUCUGCAGGACAUGGACGUGGCGUCGUUGCUCAGCGGUCUGCAGGACGUGCGGCUGUGCCGGGAGCUGCUGCCGUCUCUGGAGCGCUGUGUCUGUGGUGACACCUCUGCGCUGCCGUGUGAUGUCUCCCAGCUCCUCACAGACCCCGACUUCUUCCUGCAGCUUCUCUCCAGCCUGGAGCAGCUCCGCAGCGAGAAGCAUCUCCAGCUCUGUGUCUACAGGAUCCUGAAUAAAUGCCUGUCCUACUACCAGGAGGACGCCCUCCCCUGGCAUCGCAGCAUUGAGCCCUGCCUGACCUCCCUCGUCAGCACCACCAGCGACCAUGAGGUCGUCCAGGAGGUCGUCAGCUUCCUGCACCGCCUGGCGUCCAUUAAUAAAGACUGUGCCGUGGUCAUGUGCCGGCUCGGGGCAAAGGAGAUGCUGAGUAAAGUGUUGGAGAAGCAGAGCGCCACCGUCCUGCAGGCGGCUGAACUGCGAGACCUCCUGAGUGACUGCGAGAAGUACACCAGCCUCUACCAGAAGAUGGCCACCAGCAUCCUGGCAGGGUGCAUCCAGAUGGUUCUGGGGCAGAUUGAGGAGCAUCGGCGCUGCCAGCAGCAGAUCAGCAUCCCCUUCUUUGAUGUCUUCUUGAGAAACCUCUGUCAGGGCUCCAGCGUGGAAGUGAAAGAAGACAAAUGCUGGGAGAAGAUGGAAGUUUCCUCCAACCCGCAUCGCGCCAACAAACUGACUGACGGGAACGCCAAGACGUACUGGGAAUCGAGCGGCAGCACCGGAUCCCAUUAUAUCAACAUCUUCAUGCACCUGGGCGUGGUGAUCCGGCAGCUGGUGCUGAUGGUGGCCAGUGAGGACUCCAGUUACAUGCCGGCCCGAGUGCUCGUAAUGGGCGGAGAGAGCGCGUCCAGUGUCAGCACCGAGCUCAACGCGGUGAACAUCUCUGGCUCCGCCUCCCGCGUCGUGCUCCUGGAGAACGCCACCCGUUUCUGGCCGGUGGUUCAGGUGAAGAUUAAGCGGUGUCAGCAGGGCGGUAUUGACACGCGGGUGCGCGGUCUGGAGGUCCUGGGGCCGAAGCCGACGUUGUGGCCGGUGUUUAAGGAGCAGCUGUGCCGGAGGACCUUCCUCUUCUACACCAGCCGGGCGCACAGCUGGGGGCAGGAGAUCCGCCAGAAGAAGGAGCGCUUACUGCAGCUGUUCAGCAGGUUGAACCGCGCCUUGUCACACGAGCAGGAGUUUGCGGAUCGGUUCCUGGCGGACGAUGAGGCUGCUCUGGCCCUGGGCCGCACCUGUUGGGAGGCGCUGAUAUCCCCCCUGGUGAGGAGCAUCACCACCUCAGACCCCGGCGGAGUGAGCCCCUUCAGCUGGCUUCUUACCCGCUACCUGGAGAACAUUCAGGGGGCUCGACGACCCAAGACCCCAACUUCAGUCUUCAACUCCCGGGUCCGCAGGCUGACCCACCUCCUGGUGCAUGUGGACACCAAUCCCCAGGACACCGCCGCACUGAAGGCCCCCAGUAAGACCAAUGGGAAGAGCCGGGACCCCCCCACUUCCCCCGUGAGACCCUUUGGUUCUGAGUGGAGCAGUAUGGCAGGGAUCGCUCAGUGCUGGCAGGGAGUGGUCCGGAACCAGGUGCAGCGCUUCCUGGAGAUGUCCUGGAAUGAUGUGGAUCUGGUCUCCCGCUUCUGCUCCAUGUACCGGGCCCUCAGAUGCGCCAUGGAUGAGAUGUUUGGACGACAGACGCGGUUCUUACUGUCUCUGCGCCAGGGCUUCUGUGAGGGACUGUUACAGCUGUCAUUCCUGACCGCGCUGCACGUGACGGAGCAGUUCGCUCGCUAUAUAGAUCGGCUGAUAACUGCGAUUCGUGCGGACUCCUCGGAUCUCCGGUCCCUGGAGCAGCUCCAGCAGUUCCUGGACUUUGUCCUUUUCUUGUCUGAUCUGGAAUUGGCCAAUUCUUUUGAGCAUUUUUACAGGCAUUAUCUGGCGGACCGGCUCCUGUCCCUUGGACCUUGCUGGUUGGAGAACUCAGUGGUCGAUCACAUUGGCAUUUGUUUCCCAAACCGUUUCCCCCAACAAAUGCUGAAGAACCUGGAGGAGGCGAAAGAUCUGCAAAGAGAGGAGCAUCUGUACCGGCUGCAGGAGCGUGAUAGAGCGGUCUUAUCUGAGGAGGAGGAGGACAAUGAGGAGGAGAUGGUGAUGGAGGAGAUCUCUGUGCUCCAGGACGAGGGUGUGGAGGAUGCUGAGGUUCAGAUCUCGGUGCUUUCUCCUCGAUGCUGGUCUGUAUCCCCUGUCUGCUACCUGGACGAUCCAUCCAAGUACCUCCCAGAGGCCCUCGGCGUCCCUCUGCAGCACUUCAGCGGCUUCUAUACAAAGAGUCAGGUCGCUCUGGGCUCGGACCUCACUCAGUCUCGCCGGCUGCAGUGGACUUGGUUGGGGAGCGCUGAGGUACAAUAUGGAGACCUGACGCUCCGAGUCUCCACCCUCCAGAUGUUCAUCCUACUGCUCUUCAACCAGCACAAGGAAGUCCUAGAAGAAACCAUAGUUCAGUCUACGGGGGUGGCGGAGACUCUUGUGCGGCAGGCUCUGGCGCCUCUGACUGCUCCGGGCAGCCUCCUGAUGUACAGGCGCAGCGGGCUGCUGUGUGUCAAUGAGGAUGGUGCGGUGGGACCAUCUCCGGUGAAGGUUCUGGCGCUGCUUCCGGCACAGACCUACCUGAAUGUGGAGGAAGAUGAGGGACGGACGAUGGAGAAGAAGAGGAACAUCAUCCUGUGUCUGAUCACCCAGAUCAUGAAAGCUGAGAAGGAGCUUCACAUCGACAACCUGGUGUUCCGGGUCGUUGAAUCCUGCCAGAAGUUGGACUUUGGGAAGAGUGUGAGGUUCCUGAGCUUCAGCUGCAGCCACGCGGACGUCCUGUCCUGCAUCAUGUACCUCAUCGGUCAGGGCUACGCCCGGCGCAGCGAUGACCGUCCGCACAUCAUCCAGUACAUGUCCCAUGAGCCGUCCACCCCGCAGAGAGGAAAGGCCCAUAUCAGCCUCCAGGGCUCAGACAAGAAGAAACCAGGGGUGGUCACCAAGGCCCCCAGCUGCGGGGGCGCGGUGGAGCGGGCAGUUCUGGAGUCUGUCCUUCUGCCCAUGGGACGCACGCUCAGCCAGGAAGAGGCCUGGACUCUCACGUGCCAGAUGGUGGAGCAAGUGUCCACCACCCUGAGUGUGACCCCAGACGUGGCCCAGCAUCUGCUCAUUCACUGUAAGUGGAACAUGGACCAGCUGCUGCAGCGCUUCACCGAGGACCAUCAGGCUCUUCUCCUUGCUUCUGGACUAGAGGUUCAGGAGCCUCACAAGCCCGAGAGCCCUCAGCCCACCUGUCCGGUGUGUGUGAGCCCACUCAGCCCUGGAGACAAGCCGCCAUCUCUGUGCUGCAAGCAUCACUGCUGCAAGAACUGCUGGAAUGAAUAUCUGAGCACUCGCAUCGAGCAGAACCUGGUCCUGACCUGUACGUGUCCCACCACGGACUGCCUGGCACAGCCCACAUCUGACUUCAUCCGGAAGAUCAUCUCCUCCAAGGAGGUGAUAGAGAAGUAUGAGAAGGCUUUGCUCCGUGGAUUCGUGGAAAGCUGUUCUAACCUGACGUGGUGCACCAACCCCCAGGGCUGUGACCGCAUUCUGUGCAAGGAAGGCCUAGGAAGCGGGGCGGCCUGCGCCAAGUGCUCCUGGAUGUCCUGCUUUAACUGCAGUUUCCCUGAGGCUCACUACCCAGCCAGCUGCAGCCAUAUGUCUCAGUGGAUGGACGACGGAGGCUUCUAUGAGGGAAUGACCCUUGAGGCGCAGAGCAAGCACCUGACCAAGCUCAUAUCCAAGCAUUGCCCCAGCUGCCAGGCUCCUAUCGAGAAGAACGAGGGCUGCCUUCACAUGACCUGUGCCAAGUGUAAGCACGGCUUCUGCUGGCGCUGCCUGAAGCCCUGGAAGCCUACCCACAAGGACUACUACAACUGCUCGGCCAUGGUCAGCAAAGCCGCACGUCAGGAGAAGAGGUUCCAGGAUUAUAAUGAGAGGUGCACAUUCCAGCAUCAGUCAAAGGAUUUUGCAGUGUCUCUGAGGAAUCGGCUGUGUGUCCUUAAUGAAGAACCUCCUCUGCGGACCAUGAGCCUCCUCAUUACCGCCUGCAGGGUGCUGGAGAUGAGCCGCAAGGUCCUCGGUUACUCCUGUGUGUACAGUUACUAUAAUCAGGACUCGGAGCGGCUCGAUGUGUUGGAGUCUCAGACAGAAAACCUGGAGUUCCACGUGAACGGUCUUCAGAUUCUGCUCGAGAACAGCCUUCUCCAAAGCGAGGACCUCGCCUGCUCCGUGCGGCUCCUCGGUACUGACAAGUACAACAGUGGACUAGAACUGGUCAGGAGAGUCCAGGAGAGACUGAACGGCAUCCUGCAGCACUCCACCCAGGACUUCUGUGUUGGAUUCCUCUCUGACGCCAGUGAGAAGGGGAUGAAGUCGUCCAGCGUGGCAGACGUGGCGCCGUUCCCUGAAGCUGCAAAUAAUAUCGACGACACCUCGUACUCUGUGGACACCGCCAGCGAGCAGGAUGAUGAUGAGGAUGACGAUUAUGAUCCCGAGUGGCAUGAAGAAUAUGACGAUGACCUGGACGAGGACGAAUUCUCCUACGAUGACGACGAUGAUUCCAGAAACCUGGCUCCGGACUACGUCCUCUUUGAAGAUUAUGACGGAGAAGCCUACAAGUGACUCCCCCGCUCUGCUUAUUGCUGGGGCACUCCCAUAUAAGCCACUUCUGUUUCAUUCUGUGCCCCUCACAUGUGCCUGGGUGGGGAUGACGUGGAACGGCGCGUGGCCAAUUCCUGAUCAUUCUCUGAUUGCCUCCAGUCCGGAUGAUGGAGCUGGAAUUCUAUAAACCUUUAUAUUUAUAAUUAAGAGUUAUUUUUAUUAAUCCUGUUUACUUUCAGUCUCGUUGUGACGCCCCCUGGCAUCCAUAAGGAGGGGGUGGCGUCUCUGCGGGUAAAGGACUGGCGAGAGGCGGCUCAGCCGGGAAUCUGUUUAUUAAAGUUGCAGCCAAGCUGUUAAGUUA